AUGGCGCCUCCAGGCGUGAGCAGCAAGGGCAAGGCGACCAAGCCCGGCAAGCCCUCGCAAGCACCGCGCAGCCGAAACACAACGCCGCUGCCCAACGUACGCACUUCGGUCGAGCCUUCUUCCUCUUCGUCCUACUUUGGAAACCGCCUGAGCUCCUACCUCAGAAAGAGCCCCAAGACAGUCGAAGACAUACUCGAUGGGGGCGCCAACGGCUCUUCCAUUCCGACCGGAAAGCUGUUGUUGUCCAUGCGCGACGACAUCGAGAAGACUGUGCUGAAGAACGUCGAGUCACGCUGCGUGCAGUCCGAAGGUGCGCUGCGGGAACUCAUGAACAACAAGAAGAACCGGGCGCCGCGUGAAAGGGAAAAGGACAAGGAUGGCGAGGAGCGCGAGCGCAAACAUAAGCUCAAGAAGGUGAGCAAGAAACACGACGAGGACGGGAAGCAUCCGCCUGCGACCGGUGCCCACGGCCUGGCCAGGCAGGACGGCGGUGACGGCAAAGACAACUCCUCGGCCAUCUCAUCGCCAAUAUCGCAAGCCCCGCCCUCCGCUGCUGGCAAUGGGCCGGCGGAUGCUCCCUCGCCCAGUGGCUCUGAUGUCUCUCACCAGCCCGCCCCUGCCCCAGCCGUACCGCAAUUCCAGACUUUCGGUCCUGACCCCGCCAAAUUCGAUGACCCUACCGUAUACCAUAUACGCGAGGUUACACCAGGCAUGUCGAUUGAGGAGAGAAAGGAGAUAUACUGUGUCGCCGAAUUCCCCAAGCACGAUCUCCGUGACAGGAUAGCCGGUUCACCACCAGCAAAGGACUUCUCCAAUGCCAAACCGCCGUCACAGGUCAAUGCCACCGUCUUCGCCAACUACGUUGAACCAUACAUAAGGCCGCUCACCGAAGAGGACGUGGCAUUCUUGAAGGAGCGCGGAGACCGUAUAGCGCCAUUCGUGCUGCCUCGACGCGGCCAGCGACACUACAAGGAGAUAUGGGCCGAGGAAGAUGGCUCUAUGCACAUAGACUCGAAUGACCAACGACCACCACCCAACGUCCCACGUGGAGCAGCAGAGGACAUCUCAGACGACGUGCUUGAGACAGAUCAAGUGUCUACAGGGCCCCUCCUGUCGCGUCUCCUAGCUACAUUACGACCAGAGGGACGCGGUAAUCAGAGCGGCCAGAGCGAAACUAAUGGAGUCAAUGGAGACGCCAUGGAUAUUGAUGAAGGCGCAGGUGCGCCUGCAGACACGGCCAACACGAAUUCGAUACCCGCCGCCGCCCAACUUCCCGACCUCGUUCAGCCGGGCUGGAAACCUCCACCACAGACUGGCCGCACCGACUAUGUCGGCAUGGAGGACCGCGUACUAAUGGAGCUGAAGCACUUUGGCCUGAUCUCCGAAGCAGACGCAGAGUCGCAAUCAUACGAUUCUCAUUUCGAUGACGAAGUAGCCCAACGCCUCCGCUUUCUACAAGAAGAACUCCGCAAGCAGUCCAUCAUCAAUGGCGCACGAAAACAACGCCUUCUCGAGCUCACAGAAGAGCGCAUAGCUCAGCAAGAGUACAACACUAUAGCCGACGAUCUCGACAACCAACUCAACGCCGCCUACCUCAAGCGUAACCGCAAUAUUGGCAAAGGCAAGAAACAAAACAAGCGGCCGGGUGGUGCAGGAGGUGGAAGCCAUCCAGUGGCUAACGCUGGCAUUUCGAGGCCGGGCGUGGGCGAGCCAAUUCGCACUCUUAUGGAAAGAAGACAACAAUGGAUCAACACGAUAGGACCUGUUGUCAACUACGGAAAGACUGGUUUGCCAACCGAGACCAUCUUCGGGGAAGAGAAGAUGAAAGAGCUGGAGAACAGGGAGGUGGAGAUCUGGAAUACAGAGGCCGAUGAGUAG